AUGGCUAAAUCCCGUGUUCCUGCUCUGGGUGUUUACCAGCUUACGAGCGUGGGGCUCUCCCGCCGCACGCAACCGGGGCCCUCGUUCAAUAUCCGUCGACAGUGCCCUGCCUUGCCCAAACCUGGGAUGACCGUUGGAUCCAAGCACUGCCAGGCCUUCCUUGCUACUCAGGUCCUGCCGCUGCGCCGUCUGUGCUGUCCUAGUCUUUCAUCGCUCGCCUGCAUGGAACACCCUCGCUCCGAACUGAUAGCACAGACGGGCUGGUGCUGCAACCAAGCUGCAAAACAACACCUGCUGAGUCUGCGACUUUAUUCAAAAGUGCUUCUCGACGUCCAGCGCUGCUGCUGCCCUCCCAAGACAGUUGUUGCCCCUGCCCCAGUCCACCGAGUCGCUCCACCUCAUCCAACACAUCAUCACUACUUUCAGGGGUUUCUCACGGGCAGCAGCAGCGGGAUCCACCGACACUUGGUCAACAAGCGAAAGAUACUAGCCUUGGAUGUAACCGUGGCUACAAAAGAAGUAAUACCCCCAGACGCUCUUGCCAUUGGCUACACUAGAGCUUGUUCGCAUGAUCCACGCCGCCUUCGUUCAUUCCCUUAG